AAGUAUUAAAGAAUUACAAGAUAAAAAUAAAAUAAUAGUCAUUUAAGUUAAGUUAUAGUAUGAGUUAUAAGAAAUAACUUGGUAUUAUUUUAUAAAUAUAGUUCUUAAGUCUUUAGUUGAUUUUACUUCUUACGUAGUCCACCCCUAACAAGGUACACUGCCUGCGUUUGUCUAUCCAACUCAGGUUUUCCGCAAAACAAGGCUAUUAAUUCUCCUGCGUCACUUUUUUCACUUUCAAUUGAGUCAGAACCACGCAAACAUCAAGCCCCAGUAAAACUGUGCUUAUUAAAACAAAGUGAUAUAGAAAAAGGCGCUGAAGGCUUGUUGGUGCCAAUGGAAGCUUCGUAUCGCGAAGCUACGAUCCAUAUUGUUGUUGGUUUCUUCUAUCCUCCUGGAGGUAUACUCAUCACACCGAGCCGGCACAGGUCUUCCAUACAAAUAAAUCCCUUUGCCGACACAAGCAUGCGAUUCAGGUGUCACAAAGGCUUUGUAGGCGUAUGCGUGCAAUAAUUACCAAUUCAACCACUGACGCCACCUGGCACCUGGCAUCCGGCACCUGGCUGCCAGUCGGUGGCUGGCGUGGUCUGCCGAUUCGCGGGCCAUUACCUCGUGGCUCUCACAACUUCCUUGAUUUUGGAUUCCUCCCCUGGCGAUUUGCUAUUCCUUCUCUUCCAUCAUCUUCUGAUCGCUAUUCCUUGGAAAUGGCAUUAUUUCGUCAUAACCAAUGGCUCGUGCCCACCCUUGCAUUCAUCCAGGACGCUAUCGAAAAAAAUGAGGCUUAGGGCGCACACUGUCAGCCUCAGGCGCCCCGGGGGCCGCAGCAGCGCGUGACGACAAUGCCAUGGUUCGCGGGCAUUCCGUUUUGUUAGCGGCUGCGCCCCCAGGAACGCCCACAUGUGUGUUUGGCCCUCUUGGCUAGAUUAACAGCGGGAUGAUCUUAGCGCUAGGGGUCCAUAGGGACGUCAUUUGGCUGGGGAUUCGACUGCACGCCGGUGCGAUACUCAACGACGCCAUGAGGUGCGCCAUGCGGCGGCCUUCUGCCAAUCUUCCUCUUUAUCCUGACUUUCUUUUUCUAAUGCUUUUCAAGUCGACCCUUCCCGACCGGUAAUUUACAAUUUCCCAAAGAGCCUGGGACAAAAUCAAGCGCCAUGCCCUUAACUGACCACUCCCUCUCGUCGGCCAGCCCAGAGGCCUCAUCCACCACCACCACUACUUGGCUCACGUCUACGUUGGAAGCACGUAUUGAUGGAUCCGUGCCUUCUGCCAAAGACAGACUCAUGAACCUGACAAGGAGGCAGAAACGGACUCUUGAGUCCUGGUUUCAAGAAAAUCCUCGUCCUUCUCGCUUCUCAAAAGUGGUUCUUAUUGAAUCAUUUGGAGGCAAUGAAGACCAAGUUGGCGCCAUCCACCUUUGGUUCAUCAUCCGCCGAAAAAUUGCUACAAGAAGACAGCGCGUCUCGCCCGUGCUGCUAGCUCCCAUCCCCAAUCCUGUGUUGCAAGCGUCGCCUUUUCUAAGACCGCCUGCUCGCAGCCCAACCUUGUACAGGUUGGAGGAUAGACGGGCCCCAAAUGUGCGAAAAUAUUCAGAUUCACUGGAUGUCGCCCAUCAACUUCGACGAUUUACACUCGGCCCGUCGCCUCCCCUGCUUGUCGCAAUGGAUAGUGACUGCAGUCCAAUGGAUGACCGCCUCAUGGCUGACGUGGAGCCAUUUGAGAUGACCGCUUCUAAGAUCAGACGGAAAUCUGUUAACAAAGUCAAAGAGUGGAUGCAAGAAGCUGGCCAGCCUCCUCUUUCGUCCCCUGAGGGUGAUCCUGGACAUCUCUGGCCGGGUCGAUACUUCAAUGUAAAGUCGACAGCAUCUUCGUAUGACGAGGGCUAUCAUUCCCGUUCUUCUGUUGAUGUCCGUCACUCAGAAGGCGACCAUUCACGCUCCCCUUCCGGCUUAAGCCAUGGACUAAGACGCAUGUCGUUUGCUUCCAUGGGCAAAAGCGACAGGUCUGACUUCCACUCACCACAAGCCUUGGAACUUCCUCUUAGCGGAUGGGAAUGGAACAGUAAUAAUUCCUAUGUCUUUGAGCCAUCCCAUCGAGAUGUUAGUCCUAUGAGAACGGACAGUGGCUUGUGCUUGUUCCCUCAAGACAGCAUCCCACGGAUUCAGAUGGAGUCGGAUAUAUGCCCUGUUACACUCGUUGGUGCAGAGCCCAAUGUUGUUCUGGAGGAGAAGCCACGACGACCUUCAGAUGACUCCCAGAUGCCUUUGAGCAAUGCAGCCACUGAAGAUUUUGAGGACGGCGAGCUGUCAAUGUGGACAGAGGAAAAUCAAAAGGCCGUGGACGUUUCCAAGUAUGUAUCUUUGGAAACAAGAAAGUGGUUCCAUGACCGUUUGAUCUACGCAUUUGCGCAAAGCCGCGUCGAGCGAGUCGCAAUCCUUACAGCCCAUGGAGAUUAUCCUUACGCUGCGGGCGACCAUGGCUCAAUUAUAUGCGACAGUGCGGUUCCAAGCUCCUCUGACAAUCCUCGCAAUCCUCUGAAACGUCGGCGUAAAAGCAAGGAAGACGAAGAGGAUAAGAAUGGACCUCAUCGUUCGCCACCAGCACAGAACAACAGUGCCUGUAUGGCACAAGAAGAUGAUGGCUCUCGUCUUCUUGCUUGCCCAUUUUGCAAGUGGAAGCCGUUGACAUACCGUAGCUGUCAGGGCAUGGUGCUUCGGGAGAUAUCUCGAGUCAAGCAGCAUCUGUGGCGAAACCACCAAGUCCCAAUUCACUGUGUGAUUUGCUUUACCGAAUUCCCAACAGAGGCAGAUCGCGAUGAGCAUCUACGCCAGCGCAACUGCAGUCUGCAGCAAGCAAAGCAGUGGGAAGGUGUCACUGUGGAACAAAAGGCUGCCCUUCGUCGCCGUGUAGACCCUACCAAGUCAAGACGCGAGCAGUGGAAUGGCAUCUUCCAGAUUCUCUUUCCUGGUCAUCCGUUGCCUGAGAGCCCAUAUACGGAACGGCUUCUAUCUGCCGAAUUGGUAGCUCUGCAGGAUUACAUUGUACAAGAAUGGCCAUCUGUCUUUGACAGACUCGUCGAGACCCGGUUGCCCACCGAACUACAAUCCCAGGAAGCUGUCGUCCGAGCAUUUUCUGCUUCCGUCUUUGAGGAUGCAGUUGGUACUAUUCUUGAGCGAUUUGGGGCAACAAGAGAAGGAAGUGUGAGUCCUGAUUCUGGGUACGCUUCCCGCCAGGUUCCCGUUCCUCCAAGAAUUGAGGUUCGUCCACCAUCUAUGGGCGGCAACAACUCAGAAUAUACCGUCCAUGCUGGUCCAUCGGGAACAACACCACGGUUAUCCGAACUUGGUCAUGAGUACUUUAUCUCCGAUGACUUACUAUUUGAUUGGAACAAUACGACUUGGGGGGCUACAAGCUAGUCUGGCCUGGGCGUAGUCACGGUUUUUACGCAGAGUUUCGUAAUGAAGAUUAUGUACUGUAUAUGUAACUUAUGUGUAUGUGUUAUAAACUUAUAGAUUGAUAAUGACGCUUUGAUAAUUAUAUGUACAUCAUGUGAUUAUCUCUAAUAUUCUCUAAAGAAGCAAUGUUUUUUGUCUAUACAAACAAACUUUGUUUUAAAACGCAUUUAUUUAUUAAGAUAUGUUCUUUGUUACAUAAACAAACGUAUAAACUUAUAGAGCACGUGUGAUUAUCGCCAACGUUCUAUAGAGUAGCGAUGUUCUUGUCUAUACAAACAAACGUUGUUUUAUCUUUGGACGUCCGAAGAGCCAGCGGAGUCAAUGAUCCCAGUAAUUAUUGGGAAGCCAUGUAGAGCCAAUAGAUAUAUAUUCCAAUCAUACUAAGAUCAGAGAUUCAUAUAAAUCAUAGAUGAAGUUGUAAACGAUGCAUCGGCGCUCAAACUAUAGCGGAUGCUCCCGCUGUGGGGCGGAGUGCCCGAGUGGUGUAUAUUGGUAGAUGAGUAUAACCCAACAGAACAAGAAUGUAAUGCGUUGAUGAUAGCAAAGAAAAUGGUUCAAAUGCCCAAUGAAUAUUGUCAGGUCUUCAGGGGGAACAUGAGAUGUUCUUAUCUCAGCUCUCGAUAGCUAUACAACCUUUGAUCUGCUGUUUCCGGUGUAGCCCAUAGAGAGCAAGACCGUGACAAUGUGCUGCCGGUCGGGCCCAUCGCCUUACUGUAUGACGCUAGAAUAGUAGUACAAGAACGCAACGUGUAUUACCUCAACAUGAAUCUCGACAUAACUGUCAGCAAUCCAUCAAAAUUCGUGUAAUACGGGCAACACUCCGACUGAACUGCCGGCAAAUGUGUCUUCAUGCCAGAUGAUUCGGCACGAAAUACAACAGUUUCAGGCAAACUCAUUUCAGCUAAGAAUAGUGUUCAAAACUGUCCAAGCGAAAACUAUCGUACGAUUUCGGGCGACUCAGGACGGCUCACUAGCGUCAAACGGUGACAGGUCAAGCCGAGAUACGUCAGCUCAUUGCAACGGCUGCCGGACCGACAAGUGCACACAACAGCCUGAAAUCCAACGAGUACUUACUCAACGGCACUAUGUGAUAGCGUUUCUCGAUCUCUCGUCGUUUCAUCAAAGCGCUUCGGUUAAACUUUGCACAGCGGCCUGACUCGGCCUCGGCUUCCGUCCCCUGGUGGCCGACAGCCGAACUGAAAGCUUAAACUGUCCGGCCGGUUAUUCCGAAAAGCGUCGGCGAGUCAAGACAGAGGCGCGUACGUUUCGCGUCACCCGAAGGGCACAGCCAUCUCGAAGCCAAGAUGGAAAGCUUCAAGGUGUGAUUGGGGGUGCUAUUUCCGCUGGGGCUGGUAGCGGGAGGGCGGCUCGAAGUUUCGAUAAUUUUCGCAAGAAUGGCAUUUUAGCAUUCCGCAUCUCGCCUCAAUGCCACCCCUUCCAGCGCCCUAUACGGGUAGAAUAGGUUUACUGCAACUCUAGAUACUUUUGGCGUUGCAGUCGCGUGGUGGCGCGUAGCGGAGGAAGUCCGUGGUGGGAGAGGGAUGACGAGUCAACUCUAAUUCUUUGCACUAUUUUCCGGUGUACAUGUGUCCACUUGGAUGCUAUAGAUCCCCUCUGGUGGCGUUAUACUCAGUUUAUCGCUAUAGUGCAUUUUCCAUACAAUUAUUUAGCGUCUUCGUCCUUUGAGCCGCAGCAGCGCAGAGGCCAAUCACCGGCACGGAGCUCCGGACCCGGCGGAAAAUAAGCGGGUCCCGCCUCCGAGACGGCGACGGCGCCGAAGUUUAUUCUGUUUUGGGAGGGCACGGCGAAACUCUAUCUGGUAGCGGUCGUUUCAUUUUUCCUUAUAUCGCAAGCGGAUCGAAGAGAGCGGAGAAUAG